AUGAUUGCUCCUUCCAGUAUCCUCGCUCUCGCCUCGUUGGUGGCUUCCGUGCACGCUCACGGUUACAUUUCCAAGCCCAAGGCAACCUACCAACCCAACACCCCGUACACCAACUACAACGCCAUUACGACUGCUGGUGUAAACAAGGGCUUCGCCGGCGGCAAAUACGAUGGAAGUCCCUCGCAGAACACGCAAGUAUUCACCGAGCACUGGAACGCUACGGGUUACAAGUCACUU